AUGAAGGUGAUCCACAAAGCGUUUGUGGAGGUGAAUGAAGAGGGCACUGAGGCGGCAGCUGCUACUGUUGAGAUCAAGAAGUGCUAUGUUUAUCCUGCUGCCACCUUCAUCGCAGACCACCCCUUCCUCUUCUUUAUCCGACACAACGCCACCAACUCCCUGGAGAAGCAGCUGACCUAUGAGAAGUUUGUGGAGUGGACCCGUCCUGACGUGAUGCAGGAGAAGGACACGGUGGUGGGAUUCCCUCGAUUCAAGAUGGAGGAGAAAUAUAACUUGAAGAACGCCCUGAGCCCCAUGAUGGAUGCGUUUGAUUUGAGCCAAAGCAGUUUCUUAGACUUGUGUCUAAAUAUGAAGGUGAUCCACAAAGCGUUUGUGGAGGUGAAUGAAGAGGGCACUGAGGCGGCAGCUGCUACUGUUGAGAUCAAGAAGUGCAAUGUUUAUCCUGCUGCCACCUUCAUCGCAGACCACCCCUUCCUCUUCUUCAUCCGACACAACGCCACCAACUCCGUCCUGUUUGCAGGAAGAUACUGUUCCCCUGAAUGA